AUGGCGGAUCCGAACAGCCAACUUCCAUCGGCGACUUCCCUGGCGACCGCGGCUCUUGCUCAACCGCAGGUCAUGCUCCCGACCGCCUACGAUUACCCGUACGGAAUCGAUCCGGUAACCCUUCAGGCAAGCGAUUACUAUAAUGGUCAGUGGUUGUUUAUGCACUUGUUCUCCCCUUCUCGAGAGCCAGUCUCUGCUUAUCCGUUCUCAAAUAUAAACAUUGCAGGAUACCAGUUCAAUGCCUAUCCGUCCGCAAUGCCAUCGACGGACAUUGAUUACUCGGCCGCCUUCCUCCCUCCGGCUUCUCAUCCGCCAGCCGACGCUCCUGCACCAGCAGCUCCCGCAACAACUGAAGCUGCUCCGGCUCCAGCGCCUCAGGCAGCGUCUUCCACUUCGACGACCACGUCUCCGACUGCUCCAGUCACUUCCAAAACUGAAGUUCUCGAGCUGAAGCCGUCCAUGCAACAGACUUCCCUUACUGACGCCUCCGGAAUCGUUGCUUCAUCAACCAACCCUGCCGGCCCUCUGGAUGCUAUGUCUUCGAUGUACGGAGCGUGGAACUCGUAUCCGACGUUGGCGUUCCCGCCAACUGAUGAUAAAGCCAGUGGAACCGUGAACCCGUACUUGACGAUCCCGCCCGCCUACGCCUUCGGAUCGGAUCCAAACAAUGCGGAUCUGUCGUCACACUUUUAUCCAGCACCAACAGUGCAACCGGUACGUGUUUUACUACAAGUUAAUCUCGAACAAGAAGAGUGCUUUGCGGGGACAACGACGACCGCGCACGCAUGCAUAAUCCGUGCUUUGAAGCGAGCCGCCCGUCUGAUCGGGCGUUCUUCUCGGGCGGCAUCUUCUUUAGGUCGCCGUGCGCGCGACCUCGAAAAGUCACUAAUGUAAACAUAAAAAAGGGACAUUAAAAGAUGGAUUAGUUACAUAAUUAAGCAAAGUUGGCCUCACUUGAGACGCUCCUUUCUUGGCUGGCUUGGCCCACACGGCGAUGCAAACACUAAACACUGACAGAGCGACGCGACUCUAUCUAAAUUAGCGCAAAUUUGGGCUGCAUUGGUUCGAAGAGCUCUUCGGAGCACUGUUGGACAAUGGAGAGGCCGAUGACCGUCCGCAUGAUUAAGUGGAGCGAGGGAGACGGGCGCAUUGCGGGUUACCAGUACAUUAAAGAGAUCGAUCGAAUCGAGUGCGCGCUCGCCUGCCUCCUCUCUUCGUUCGGUUAAAUAGGCUCUUUGUGUUUGAUGGGGCUGACACCCGGAGGAAUUGGGAAAGAGUCGACCCGAAAUGAUAUCGAAAUUCAACUUCAGAAUGGCCUCGGAGGAGAUCAGAACUUGGCGGACUACGGUCACUCGUUCCCGCCUGCCGGAAUGAGUCCUCACUUCGAUCCGAACGUCUACCCGGGCCUGCCUGGAAUGAACACAGGCUCCUCAAGCGGACGAUCCGACAAAUCACGUGCGACGAGUCGGCGCCGAGUGCAAGCUCCGUCGUCCGGAAUGCCAACGCGCCAUUCCUCCUCGUCGCGACUGUCCGAUAACGAAUCAGUGAGCAACGACGAGAAAGACACGGACCGACGAUCUCAGAAUAAUGCGAGAGAACGGUAGGUAGAUAUAGCAAAUAUUGGAACAGUAAUUAACAAUAAACGGGUGUAAUUACGUGUCGAUUUAACCUGACGAAUCUUCGCAAUAAUCCUUCAAUUCCAGGGUGCGUGUUCGAGACAUCAACUCUGCAUUCAAGGAGCUCGGAAGAAUGUGCACUCAGCACAAUGCGAGCACGGAACGAAAUCAGACCAAACUGGGAAUACUGCACAAUGCGGUAACUGUGAUCACUCAGUUAGAGGAGCAAGUGAGCACAUCCGUUGGCUUCCCUCGUAACUCUUUGGUUUGCAGGUCCGUCAAAGGAACAUGAACCCGAAGGCGAUGGUUGGAAUGAAGAGGAAGCCGGAAGAUGACAAGAUGAAACUGCUCGAUGACAACGGAUCGCAGUACAAUCAUCAACGGUUUUAG